GUUGCGUUCACGUCAUGUUCGACUUGGUCUUGGACUUGGUGCGAUUACAAAAUGGCGGAACCAACAAGUGAUUUGUUCUUUUUCAAUUACACUCGACUAAAUAACACUGGAUUCAUCGAAAAGUGAAGACAGCGAAACAAGCAGUAGUACGAUAACAGAGAUAACAGACGAUUCUCUCUGUGGAUGCGUUCAACCACUUGAACGUCGGGAGUGUUGAGAACACGAUUCUAAACGCACCCAUCUAAACGCUUGUAGCGUUUACAACGCCAAGUCGAACGCAAAAUAGCGCUAUUAACGCUGUCAGCUGUCAGCGUCCAAAUAGAAUGUACCCUAAUAAUCUAAACAAGUACUAUUUCCAAUAUUCCAAUGAAUUCUCGAAAAAUCGCAUGGAAUGUUGUUCUUUUCAUCGGAUAUACACAUUAUUGUUUAUUUAUUCUCGACAUUUAAUGAAUUGAUGAUAGCUGAUAACCAUCAGGAUAUUUUGUGCUGAAUUUGUUCCGGGUUAUAAGUGUAUAUAUUUAUCACAAAACAAGAACAACAAUUGGUAUAUGAAUCUCAUAAUAUUCAUGAUGAAUUACUUUACAUCAAUAAUAUACAUAAUAUAAUUCAAACAAUUGUAAGCGCUUCUCGUUUUUAAAAGAAAAAAAAUACAGAAAAUUCAUCUCAAUUUAGCAAUGAUAUACUCAAGAUUCUUCAGAAUAUCUGGCAACUUCUUUUAGAGGACACGACACCUUGACACCUGUUACUUCGUUCCCGUAACCUAUAACCUCAAAACGUUGAAAAAAAUCAAAUCAUCGCAUCAAAAGCAAAGCAAGAUAUGCGCUGGGAGAAAUAUUCUCAAAUAAUUGCAGCCUAUGAAGACCGAAGCCAACUAUAAAUGAAGAAAGAAUAAAAAAACAGAAAUAAAUUCUGUUCUUAAAAAACCGAACAAAAUGAAUUCAAACGAGGAGAAAUUAUGUCAAGGAAAGGACGUUUUCGAAAGGAUGAAUUUUUUGUAUCAGGCAAGUCGUUUUGUUGCUGGGAAAAGUGAAGUGGCUGCCUCGCACUAUGGAAAUGUCAUGAUGAGCUGUGCCAAAAAAGCUGUGCUGAGAGUGGAGCCUGAAGUGAAGAGAACAAUAUGCAAAAGUUGCCAAUCUCCUCUUAUUCCUGGUGAAACUGCCAGAAUAAGAAUAAAAUCGAAGCCUGUGAAGGCCGUGCAGUGGACUUGUUUAGUAUGUAAAACUACAAGGAAAAUUCCAUCAAAGAAACCCCACAAUUUAUGGAUCGAUGACCCUAGUUCUUUGGUACAAGUAUACGACUAUACUCCAAAGAACCUGAAUCCUGGUUUGCCUGAAUUUCACACAAUUCCAAACGAAAGUUCAUCUGCCAAAUGCAUAAAAGAAGGAAGCCAAAUAAACAGUUCGAAUUGAAA